AUGUCUCCGUCCGCCGGAGGCGUGCUGGCUACGGCCGCACUGCGAGCACUUCGAAAGAAUCUCGCAAGCACCUCCAAAAUGGUGGCCAAGCUCGUCCGCUCCAAGCUCGCCGCCACCCGAGCCACUGUUGCCGAACUUCAACCCAUCGCCAUUCGAAGCAACCCGCGCCAGCCUAUUCACCCUGCGGCCUUUCUGCGUCAGCAAAAGCGCGCCGGAGGAUCAAAGUGGUAUUCUACUGCCAACUUCAACGCUGCCGUUCGUCGUUACCUCAGCACCGGCAAUGCCGGUCAAUCGAAUGCCGGUGGCUUCCGCUUUGAUCGUUCCAAGCUUCCCAUCUCCAACACUUCCCGAGCUGUAACCCAGCUCACCUCUCGGGCACCAUUUGCAUCCACUCUUCGCCCCAAUCUCACCGGUGGUGCUCUUCCAAGAACAGCUGGAGGAUAUGCGAUGCCUGGUUGUGGACGAACUGGAGGAGCGCGAUUCUUCAGCCAUACUCCCGCGGCUCCGGCUCAGGUGGUUCAGAAUGUGAGCCAAGCCAUGAGGGCUUUCUGGCUUUCUGGUCAGCGGGCAAGAUACGACGGUCUUGGACCCAACGGCGAGAAGAGGUAUCGAGCUGUAGGUGCUACUCAGGAGGCAGCGCGUGCUCGCAUGGGUUACACCCCUCGAAAUGCCCCUGGAUCAUUCAUCGACUUCCAGGUUGGUCCCACGAUCACCGCUCUCAGCCCUCUCGGUGCUGCUCUUCCCCUCGGAGCUGCUGCCGCCAAGGGCGCUACCACCCUCAAUAAGGAAGGCUUUCUAGACGUUCUGUCCGUUGACUUCGCGCGUGUCCUCAAGGAUCUCGCCGCCGUCAUGACUGAUCUGAAGAAAGUGGCUGACCUGGGGGACCUACCAAUCGCAUUGGAAAAGGGCAACGUUCUGAGGAUACGAUUCCCAGGUGUCGACGCGCAAACGGUUGAACGCUUGUGUGAUGACAUCGGUGUCCAACGGGGCGUUAUUGGGCAGGACCCAGACUUUGAUGCCAGUGCCGGGGUGCCAGUCGCGCUUCGGUUCCCUUUUGCACCAGGUGGAAGCUGUGCUAAUACAAUAACUUCCCCUGGGGGAUCGCUUCGGUCACACGAUUCCGAGUCUUCAGAUAUCGAAGAGGCAUUCUUUGUGAAGGAGAUCGAAGAGAACCCUUGGCACUUGUCCUCGCUGGAAGAUUAUGAAGAAGGCUAUGAGAGUGCCACGCCACUUGAUCUUGGUUCGAGCAACUCAGGGGAUUAUGAAGGACUCGAAGGCAUAUACCGCUUCAUUGAAGAGUGCGAUCGAGCAAAGGGGUUACUCUGA